GUUAGCGAUGAGUUUAGCUUGGCUAACAACGCGUCGUUUGUUGCUGUAAAGAAAUGUCAACGUGCUUUUAGUACACAAAAUAAUUUAAUGAUACCGGAAUGUAAUUGCACAAAAUAGCAAUCAGAUCCAAUAUUUGUGUCACAAAAUGUUGGUUCCGGUAUUCUCUCUGAAGUUGAACCUAAAGAUCCGGCCUCGUCUGGUAACUAUUGGCAAUUACUUUGGAAACUACCCAGCAUUAACUUGUGCCACAAGUGGAGGAAAGGUUUUCAUUCAUACUCCACACAAAGUGCCUGAUGUAUCAAAGUACGGAAGUCCAAACCCUGGUGGUGAAGUCUCUCUACUGAACAUUAACCAGAAAAUUUUUUCACUGUGUGCUGGCCACCUGAAUCCAUCACUGGAUUAUGAUGUAUUGAUGAUAGGAACUGAGAAUAAUCUAUUGGCUUAUGAUGUUUUCAGAAACACUGACCUUUUCUACCGAGAAAUAUCUGAUGGUGCUAAUGCAAUUUCUAUUGGAAAUCUUGGAUCAAUCCAAAACAAACUGGCCAUUGUUGGUGGCAACUGUUCAAUACAAGGUUUUGACUAUGAAGGCAAUGAUGUAUUUUGGACUGUCACUGGAGAUAAUGUGUGUUCACUGGCAUUGGUGGAUUUCAAUAAAGAUAACCUGAAUGAGCUGGUUGUUGGCUCUGAAGAUUUUGAUAUAAGAGUCUUCAAGGAAGAUGAAAUAAUUGCAGAAAUGAAUGAAACAGAAGCAGUUACAUGCUUACAUUCCAUGGGUGACAAUAAAUUUGCCUAUGCAUUACAAAAUGGUACAGUGGGUAUCUAUGAACGUACUUCCCGGCAGUGGAGAAUAAAGUCUAAAAGCCAAGCAGUUGCAAUCCACAGCUUUGAUAUUAACAAUGAUGGCGUUCCUGAGUUGAUUACUGGAUGGACUAAUGGUAAGGUUGAUGUUCGUAAUGACCGUACAGGGGAAGUUCUUUUCAAAGAUAACUUCCCAAGUUCAGUGGCAGGUAUUGUACAGGGAGCAUAUACACAACUUGGUAAGGAACAAAUGAUAUGCUGUUCUGUAGAUGGUGAAGUUCGUGGCUAUAACCCUUUGACGUCUGAAACUCUUAGUCUUGGAGUUAGUGUCACUCUGGAACAAGAAACUAUCCGAGAACUCACACAAAAGAAACAGAAUCUACUGAUGGAACUGAAAAACUAUGAAGACAAUAUACCAAGUACUAUCAAGCUCAGUCCCGAUGAACGGAAUAAAACAACAGGAAGUAUUAUACCUACAGAUACUAAAGUUAACUCAAGGCUUUGUCUGAAACCAGCAUCAGAGGAUUCUCCAGCUCAAGUUCUUCUGUUGAUAAACACCACCAAUGAUACUAUUAUCCGAGCUGCCCUUGUAUUUGCUGAAGGAAUAUUCAAAGGUGAAAGUCAUGUAAUCCACCCAGCUAAUGAUAACCCGUGUUCUGAAGUAUGUAUGAUCAUAGUUCAACCAAAAGAUACACCAGUUGAUCUCCACAUGAAAGUUUUUGUUGGUUACAGAAAUUGCAUGCAGUUUCAUGUCUUCGAGAUAACUCACACAAUCCCCAGAUUUGUUAUGUAUGUCAAAAGUGAAAUGUCUUCUGUGGAAGAACCCGAAGGCUAUGUGAAGUUUACAGUCAGUGAAAGAGCUCAAAGGGUGUGUAUUUGGAUGAACCAAAAUUUUCUGCUAGAACAGUCACUGGAUCCUGAUAAUACCAUAAAUGUUGCCUUCAUAUCAUUACGAGAUAACAAGCCUCUGAUAAUCAUUAUGGAUCAAUCCAAACAGAUUGUUAUCAAGACUGAUAAUAUGGAUAUUGCUGGAGACAUUGUCCAAUCUUUGACAUCUUACCUCAAGAUUGACGAACUCAACGUUACAGCUCAUUUCCCCAAUGAAUUGAAAAUACUUAAUUCUCUUAUAGAAAAGGUUGACUCUUUGAAUAACUUGAGGCAGACUUUAAGUACUGAUAUCGCUGAUCAUUCCAACCUAAUCAGAUCAAUGGUGGUUCAUGCUGAAGACUCAAGACUUAUAGGAGACUACAAAUCAAUGAAACAAGGCUACACAGAACUGUUCAACCUCAAUCAAGAAUUGCUGCGUGACUACAAGAUCCGUUGUGACAACCACACAGAACUUGUAGCAAGCCUGAAGCAAGUGAACAUGAUCAUCCAAAAGGCUUCCAAACUGAGAGCUGGAAAAUAUAAAACACAAGUAGUUACAGCUUGCAGAACUGCCAUCAAGAAUAACAAUAUAGGAGCACUUAUGAAGAUUAUUACUACAGGAGCAUCUUCCUAACUGAAGAAGGUCACUGCUUUUGAAAAAUUUUGAAAUUCCAUCCAAAGGAAAAUUUCCGAGAUUUUUUUUUUCUUUCGUUGUUAGAUUAAAAAAGAAAAUUAUAAUAAUGGUAAGAGUAAUUAUUAUUAUUAUUUAAAAUCCUUAAGGUGGCAAGCUGGCGGAAUUGUUAACACACCAGACAAACCCAAAAUGUUGAGCAGUAUUUCUUUUGGCUGUACAUUUUGAGUGGAAAUUCCACUGAGGUCUAGUUUGCCUUUCAUCCUUUUGGGAUUGAUGAAAUAAGCACCAGUUUAGCACCAGGGUUGAUGUAAUUGACUAACACCCUCCCACAUAAUUUCAGGCUUCAUGCCUAUAACAGAAAGAAUUAUUAUUUCAAAUCCUAUCAUGGUUAACUUUGCCUUUCAUCUUUCCAGGGUCAGUGUAAUUUACUAUUCUCCUUGCCAUAAAUGUCUGACCUUACUAUUACUACUACUACUCAAUAUUAUUAUGGCGUGCAAUGGAUUGGUAGAAACAUUAGAAUGUCAGCAAAAAAUGCCUAACAGUUCCAACACUUUAAAUUCUGUGUUCAAAUUUUGCCACAAUCAAUUUUGCUUUCCAUCCAUUCAGAGUCACUAAAAUAAAGUACCAGUCUAGUACAAAUAUAGAUGGUAUCAACUAACCCAUCCCCUCAAAAUUGCUGGCAUUGUACCUAAUUUAGAAACCAUUAUUAUUGUAUUUGAGGGCAACAACUUGGCAGAAUCAUUAGACCAUCCAGCUCUUUAAAUUCUGAGUUCAAACCUCACUUGUGGUCAACUUAGCCCUUCAUUCUUCUGGUGUUGGUAAAAUAAAGUACUGGUCUGCAAAAUUGCUCUCCAUGUGCCUAAAUUAGCCAUUAUAAGGGCAGUGGAUUUGCAGAAUCAUUAGAGGAUCAACGAAAAUAUUUCCAUGUUUGUUCUCACUCUUUACUCUCUGAGUUCAAAUCGCACUGAGGUCACCUUUCCAUUGCUCCUUUCAGAGUUGUUAAAAUAGAAAGUUAUUUUACCAAGUAAUGGGAUCAGUGAUAUUAACUAACCACUUCCCUUCAGACUUGCUCACCUUGAAUAGAAAUCAAAAUAGAAACCACUAUCAUUUCUAAUAUAGAUAGAAAAAUAAGGUGGCAAGUUGACAGAAUCAUUAGCACACCAGACAAAAUGCUAAGAAGCAUUUCAUUUGUCUUUACGUUCUGAGUUCAAAUUCCAAUGUAGUCGACUUUGCCUUGCAUCCUUCUGGGGUCGAUAAAAUAAGCACCAGUUAAGCUCAGGGGUCGAUUUAAUCGACUAGUUCCCCUCUCCAAGAAAUUUCAGGUAGGCUUGUGGAGAUUGCCAUAGAGUUGCUUAUUCCUCCCAUUCUGCAUUUAGCUUUUGGUGGUGAGGGCCAUCUGGAACAUCUAUGUGUAGAAACCAUUGAAUAGCUUACCAUGGAGCUAGUGAAGGUAGAAAGAUUUCUCACCUGUAAAUGCAAAGUGUCUUGAUUACUACUCUUAAAAUUUUCUUUUUGAUUUGUCUGGAGAAGUUACAGAUUCAGAAUAAUCUUUGUACCAUUAAAGCAUUUUCCAAACAAUGUUUUUUUAUUUUGUCUCCCCACUUACAAUAACUUAAAAAUAAUAAGUUUUUAAAAAAAACUUAA